AGCAGGCGGUAGUGCCGUGUUAUGAGUGCAAGAUUCAACAUAGUGCUAUUUUGACUGCUUCACAGUUCAAGAACAAGCUAAAAAUGCCUGUACUAAUGGCAUUAUUUGUACUGGCAUUGUCGGGACUGUCGCAAGCUCAGGAUGAUGGCAAUCAUGGCGUAGUGCUGGUCUUUGGGCAUCAGUUCUUUCGGGCCAACAACAAUUUUGAGCUCUCUGUCAAAUCAUCGGCCGCCCCUCUGCUUCACGUAACAGCCAGCAUUGAAAAUACCGUCAUACAUAGCACUAUAUCACGAAAUUCCAGCUAUCUGCGACCCGACGAAACGAAGCGCUUGUGGUUACCGGUCGGCGAGGUGGCCCACAAUGGAAAAUACCAGUUGGUGGUGUCGAUCACCCAUAAUUCGAUAACGGAGAACGCGACUAGGGAUUUGUUGCUUAUGACGGUUCACCGUAAUGUGCUUAUCCAGACCGACAAACCCCAAUACCGACCGGGAGAUAUCAUUAACUAUCGCGUUCUGGUUCUGGAUGAUAAACUACGGUUGGCUCAGGAUGUUCCUUCCCUUGGUCUAUAUCUGCAGAAUCCCACAGGCGACUUUGAAGAGCACACGGACCAGACUUGGCAGUAUGACGAAUUUCCGGGAUUUUUCAACGGGUCCUUUGGGCCGUUGCCACUCGAGCCUGAACCCGGAGAAUGGGCAGUCCUUGUAGCGACGUCAGAUCGUGUCAAGCUAGCCGUUAAAAGCAUCAUGGUUUCCGAUUACGAACGUCCCCGAUUUGUCGUGGAUGUCAGCAGUGCUUCUUACGUCAUGCGAAGCGACAACAACCUGCAUGUGAAUAUUUCGCUGAGGGACUAUUUCGGACAGCCCAUCUCUGGCAUCGUCGAUAUUAACCUGAGCACGUCAAAAACAGCAGAUCGGCCAUAUUUACCACAGAGCGUCAAUGGCACCAGUCAUUUCCAACUACCCAUCAUUCUCGAUAAGAUCACGUGCGAGAAUAGCGCGACCGCCGCAGACUUGCUAACUGUGAAGGUCACGGCGCAAGCGUCAACCACAACCCGCAGCCUCAGCGCUGCAAUAACUGUACCCGUUUUUUGCGACCCGCUCAAACUGAUCGCUUCCACUCAGUACCAAACCUUCCAACCGGGCACGCAGUUCAACGUAACAAUCAAAGCCAUAACGCACGACGGACAGCCGUACGUUCUCACCAGCAAAAACCCCACCCCGUGCAGCGGCCGAAUGGAAAUCGAUGUGGAAUCUAGCUUGAACGGGCAAGAAUCAGACCCAGAGGAGGACGAGAAUGAAGAGAACCAGCUAAAGAUAGACAACGCAAUAAUGCUUGACAGUAAUACACUGGUGGUACCAGUGACAACGCCCUCCAAUGCCGGCUCAAUAGAACUGAAAUGCAGGGUAGCCCAGGCCAUUCGGGUGUUUACCUUUAAAGAGCACAGCGGGAACUUCGCCGCCAUUCGGACUGACGUGGGGCGAACGUACCGUGUAGGCGAUGUCGUGGAGUUUUCACUGGAGUGUGCGCAAGGCUGCAUUUCCAUGGAUGUUGUGGUGGUUAGCGAAUCCGGAAUUCUGUUUACGACAACUUACAAUAUGGUCAACGAGGAGAGCGGACCGUUGUCUCUGCGGGUCACAGCGGAAAUGGCGCCGCUGACCCGAAUUGUAGCAUAUCAUAUAGCGUCGGGAUUUGUUGGCAGCGACAUGGCAGAAUUCCACGUUGUGCAGAAUUCCGUGCUCAGAAAUAUGACCUUGACGGUCACUUCCGAGAAUGCGAGCCGGAAGCAUGUUCUGCCAGGACGUGGUGAGAAAAUUCAAGUAGAUGUAUGCGCCACAAAGAACGCGCUGGUAGGCUUACUAGCAGUGGAAAAGGGCCUUCGCCAACUGGACCCGGACUUCGAUAGUAUUGCUAAACAGAUUGUGAACCAAAAACUACCGACUGACGAUCUGUACGACACGGUAAAUGGCGUCGCUGACCUGUCACCAUUUUCAAGCGCUGGUCUCGUUGCCCAGCUCUUCACUUUGGACUCUGGUGGCUGUAAUCCUGCCCAAAAGCGAGAAAAAAGCACGCCGGUACAAAUUUUUCGUCAAGAUUUUCGCGACAGUUUCCUGUUUCGGACCGCCGUUACCAAUGAGCAUGGAGCUUUGCGACUGCUGGAACCGAUUCCAGACGAUACUGCAGUAUGGACGCUUAGUGCGUUCGCUGUUAGUUCCGAUGAGCCAUUAGCGGUUACCACAGUUCCAGCAGAGAUCAGCGUCUUCCAAGAUUUCUACAUCGAAAUGCACUUGCCGGUACGCUGGUCGAACACGAAGUGGUCUUCAUGUCAGCCACUGUCUUCGCUAUGGGUUCUGUUCCGGUGACUAAUGGAGCCUGGAAAUUGGUGGUGGAAAUCGGGCAUCCGUUCCCCGAGAAUACAUUCGCGUUUGACUAUCAGUACGAUGGAAAGAGUGCGCGCUCGUACCAGUUCCGCUUCGGUCCCUACAAUGCCGGCAUACAAACCGUCACAGCUUCGCUGCUGAGAGGCAACGAAGUGGUUGACCGGCUACGGAAGAACAUCAUCGUCAUCCAAAGCGGCGUUAGCGUGAUCAAUACAACGGAAAUAUAUUUGCUCGAUAGUUCUACCGGCUUCACCGUAGCCUUACCGUUGGUGUCGUACAGUGAAUCCGUUGCAGAAGACUCGCAAAGCUGCAGUUUACAGAUGUUCAGUGAUUCGUGGGGAUCGCUAGCGCAACAAGUGGUCGCACCAGACAAUGUUAAAGACUACGAUCGUAUAGUGAAGUACCGAACAUGCAACCGCAAAUCCUGCGAGCAAACGGUCGCCUGGCUGCUGUCCAUUGGCUACCUACGACAGCAUCUCCUGCGGAUUCAGUCGAGCGGAAGUCAGGGCGGGCUACAACCGUUGCUCGAGCAGCUUUCCCAUAAUAUAACAGACUUGCGGAAGAAAGCGUUACGGCGAUUUCUGAAUACAAAAGACGGUUCAUACAACCUUCUGGGAAGCCGGUCUGUACCAGGUUCGACUUGGUUAACCGCGGCAGCGAUUCGCGCGCAGCUGUUAACAAGCGAUAUCGUUCCCGUCAACGCAGCGGCGCUACUGCAGUCCGUGACCUUUCUGGACAGCCGGUUUGAUGCCGACCGCGAUGAGUUUGUAGAACGCGGCACCGUCUCGGACAUUGCCCAACAAGGUGGCGCCGGGAGUGGCGUCGGCCUAACUGCUUUUGUUUUAUUGGCGUACGCCCAAGCUGCACAGUUGACUCCUGCUGCACGCACAGGCUGCAUUAGAACGCCGGCUUCCCACCUUGAACAACGCCUUCGAAGUGGCGAUUACGUGUUUCGCUCUACGGAAAGUAGGCAGUGUGGCGUU